CAGGGCGGUAUUUAGUGGAUUUCAAUAUUUAUCUCCGGAUCAGCUCAACAUAACUCACCUGCUGUUCUGCUGCUGAGAAGACCUCAGCGGCAAUGAUGCGCCCCAUGGUGGAACGGAGGGUCAAGAGGAUCCAUCACCGCAAGAGCUGUCCAGCCAGUCAGGAGACGUUACCACUCAAGGCGCUGCCGGCGAAUGUGAUCUCCAUGCCGGACCAGGGCACUGUCUACAAGAACUGCAUCCACGUCACCGAGGAGGACCUCAAACGGUAUGGCCAUGAUUUGACAAAGCUCCGCGAGCAUCAGGUCCAACCGUGGGAACGCCGUCACCGAGAGAGGACCCUGAGCUUUGGCGAGAGCUUUGAGGAGACCUGUCGAAAGCCAGCAGAGGUCUUGGAUCCCUGGCGGAACCUGCCGGAGCCCGAGCGCCUCCGGCCACCCAACGAAGGUGACCUUUUCCUCAACCAAGUGGUGCCCAAGUCGCCAAAUCGAGUGGCAGAGGAGGACGAUGCCGAAGCUGAGGAGCGACGCCUUAGCAAGGCCUACCAGCGGAUAUCCAGCAACGUGAGCGCCGCGAGCACGGCGGCGCAGUCGUCAGCGGCGCCCUCGCGCGACAUCAGUCGCGCGUCCUCGAAGGAGUCGGCCAAGCCAGGUGGGUGAGCCCUUCGGUCUCCUGGCGCGACCCACAUCCCAGGCCUCCAGCGUGCGAAGACGCUGCCCCCCGUGGCCCGAAGUCGCUCGCUGGUCCUGGCUGGCACCAACUUAGCUGGCGAUUCGGGCGCUGGUUGACGGAUGGGUGCGGCGAUCCGCGCGGCUCUUCGGAUUCGAUUUCGGGGAGGUGGCAAGUGU